ACAACAUAAUUUAAAUUCAUUUAUGUAUUGGUACAUUUCACGUUCUUUCACAUAUGUAUGUAUUGUAUAUAUGCAUGUUUAUACAUAUAUUAAUGUGCUGUGGUUAAAGUUGAAUUUUACUUACUAUUUCAAAAAGUUAAGUAAAACUUAGAUUAGUUUAUAAAUACUGCAGCUUAGAAAGAUAAAUACAUACAUACGUACCCAUGCAUAUAUUUGAUUUACUACAGAAUCGAAAAAAUAAAAUCGUGCCCAAAACUAUUUGAAAAAUUCAAAUUAAAAUUUUUCUGUGCAUGAUUUGUGCAUAUUCAUACAUAUUAAGGCAUUGAAGUUAGACACUAACUAUAACAAAUGAAUUACUUUGGAAUUGAAUUUUACCAUAUUCAAUGUAUUUUUAAAUUAUAAAAUGUUUACUUUACAGUUACUGAAUGGAGAGAUAACUAAUAAUUAAACAGCUUACCUCUCAUUCACGUUUUAAGCAAAAUUAUAUUCAAAUUCAAAUGCGUGUUCACAUAAUACAUGUACGUGCAUAUGUAUGUAUAUUACAAGGGACAAAUUGUAAAGUAAAUAUUAUAGUCCAAUAUAAUGGCGCAUCUUAUUGAAUUGUGUGCCAAAAUUUUUGUGUAUAAGUUGUUUCAAUAAAUCAGGUUUUGUCUCGCUCUUUUUGUUAUUAUAUUGUUUAUUUAAUAAAGACAGUAUAUAAGGAAACUAGAAGAUUAUUUAAAUCAUUAAAUAAAAAGAACUUGACGAAUAACAACUUAUCGCUGUGAAAAUCAUGAAACUCGUUAUUUUAUUAUAUUUUAUUGUGUGUACCGCUGCGGAUUUCAAACACCCUUCGGAUCGAAAUUCAGAGUUAUUUAAAUAUAACCCAAGCGAUGUUUACACAUUACCGGAAGAUAUAGAUGAUGAAAAGCCAGCUGUUAUAUUUGAAGGGAAUGUUAUGAGAGCAAAAGUGGAGAAACUACAAAAUUUCAACGGAAAUAAAAAAUUUAAAUUAGAUUUAAAGACUCAAAAUGGUAUUGAGCUUACCAGUGUUGGAAAAUUAAAAGACGAUAAAACAUUUGUUGUGAGUGGGUCAUAUUCUUUUACUGGAGCUGAUGGUAAACGCUACAAAACUCGCUAUACUGCUGAUGAGUUUGGAUAUCACCCUAUUACAGAGUUAGAUCUGGAUAUUCCAGAUCCCCAACCCAUAGCUGACGCAGCUACAAAUCUGAAUAAAUUCGAUAGUUCAAAUAAAGAUUUGUUAGGAGGACUUAAAAACAGAUUUCAAUUUCUAAACCAAAAUCUUAAUUUGGAUAUAAGUGGAGGUGCACAAAGCGGUGACGACUACAGACGUUCUGCAACGAAUAAUAACGGCUAUAAUUAUGAAGCUCCGAUACAACAAUUUGAGACUGCGCCUUCCAUACCAUCACGCGAAUACUUACCGGUGAAGUAAUAAUUAAAGAAAGAAAAAUAAAACUUUAACUGAUUUAUAAUAUAUGUAUACAAUAGUAGCUGGAAUUCAAUAAAAUAUAAACAUAUAAUAAACUAAAUUAGCAUACGCCAUGUAUGUCAUUAAAACCAUUCA